AUGGUGCAGACCGCGCCUUCUGCGAUUGGAGCCGUAGAGGCCUCCAAGGGGCCUUCCGCGGUCGUGGAGGCGUCGGAAGACCCGGCAGCUCUCCCUUCCGUAGGACAGCUGCUGCAGGUGAUUGCCGAGCACAAGAAACGGGAGUGCCUUCAGCUCUCGCUUAUCGCUUCCCUGGAGGCUGAGCUCGCAGAGACGCGGACGGCCGUGACAGACUAUCGCGCCUGCCACGAGGUCGUUAACAAUCGCCUCCGCACUGCAGUUCUCGAUCCCGCCGUCAGCCUCGAAAUCAAAACACUCAGACAGAAACUAUUCGACACAGAAACCCUCCUGCGGCGCGCCAAGGAGCAGCUCGCCGCACAGAACUUCUCUGGCCAAAGCGUGGUCGGUCAGCGGCUUAUCAAUAAGUGCAAAACGCUUCAGGAGGAAAAUAACGAGUUGGGGCGCUCGCUCGCGGAGACACAUCUGCAGCCGCUCACCAUCGAAGUCGCCGGCCUGAAGAAGCACGUCGCGUUCUUGCGUGGCGAACUCAGGCAGCUGCGAGAAUUGAACAGCGACAUGGAUCGUGACAACGAGACGAUGGCGCUCCAGUUGCAGGAGCUCUCAACCGCCGUUGCGGGAGUGACGGCAGAGCGGAAUCAGCUGCAGCAAGAAGUCACUUCGCUGCGCGAGCAGCUUGAGGCCUUGCGGGUGGCGAGCGCGGCAAACCUGCCUCAGAAUUAUUACGGCUCUCCCGCCAGUGAAAGGUACCCCGACAGCUAUGAGGCGAGCGGCCGCACAGCGCCGCGGCGCGAGGCGUGGAGAGGCUCGCGGGAAGCCGCCUGGGCGACGAGUUCCUCCUUCUCCGAAGCGCGAAGCAGCUCGCGCCGCGACCGGCGCCGCGGCCACAGCGAGCGCGAUCACGGGGAAGGAAGUCGGGGCGACAGCAAGGAUGACGCGAGCGUGGAGCGGGAGUCUUCGGCUAUAAGGCGAGACCGCGAGGGGGAGCGAGGCGGGCGCAGCGGCGCGCGCGAAUUCGACGGCAGCAGCGCGAGCGGCGCCAAGACGGAGGGGGGCCGUGAAGGCCGCGACGCGCCGGGGUCUUCUUCUUCGGGGGGCCAGUUCUCCUCUUUCUCUUCAUCUGGAAGGCGCGGCAGCGCAGAGGACAGCCACCUGGCGGGCGCUUCAGGCCACUCCGAAAGCACCGGCCGCCGAAGCGAACGCAGCUACAAAGACUACUCCGCCGCCAGGCGACACACGCACGACCGCGAGUGGCGACGCGAAGAAGAAAAGGACAGACGAGACAGAGACAGGGACUACCACACGCGAUCCGAGCGCCGCGGCGCCAGAGGCUCCUCCAAAGAAGAACGAGACCGCAGAUACGAUUAA